AUGAAGCUGGCGCUCCUUUCCCUGCUGGCCUUUGUCCCCAGCUGCUAUUCUCUACCUUGGACUGCAAGCCAAAGCCUGGACGUGAAGCGGGCUGACUCGUGCGAGAACACACCUACGUCACGGCACUGUUGGGGCCAAUAUAACGUCGACACGAACUAUUACACUACGAUUCCAGACACAGGCAAGACUGUCGAGGUAUGGCUAUCAGUUCAGGAGGGCACAUGCAAUCAGGAUGGAUACAAACGGCCCUGCAUGACAUUCAACGGUACCAUGCCUGGACCCGCCAUCAUUGCAGACUGGGGAGAUGAUCUCGUCAUCCAUGUCACUAAUAACCUGGAGAGCAACGGUACCGCUAUCCAUUGGCAUGGUGUCCGUCAGCUCAACAGUGUUGAACAAGAUGGAGUCCCGGGUGUCACCCAGUGCCCUAUCCGCCCAGGAGAAAGCUACACAUACAAAUUCAAGGUCACCCAGUACGGGUCAAGCUGGUACCAUAGCCACUUUUCCCUGCAGUAUACAGAAGGUUUAUUUGGCCCGCUUAUAUUCAAGGGCCCGGCAACAGCCAACUACGAUGAGGAUAAGGGCGUUUUAUUUCUUCAAGACUGGUCGCAUACGUCCACUUUUACCGACUGGAGUGCAAAGGAGAAGUAUGGUAUUACCAAGUCACUGAACAACCUUUUAAUCAAUGGCACAAAUACGUUUGACUGUGCUGGCUCGAAGGACCCUAACUGCGUGGGCGGUGGCAAGAAAUUCGAGACUGUUUUUGAACCUGGCAAGAAGUACCUCAUCCGUCUGGCAAAUGUUGCCAUGGACAGCCUAUUUCAGUUCAAUAUUGACGGCCACAAGCUCAAGGUGAUUGCCGUUGAUUUUGUGCCCAUUGUCCCGUAUGAAACUGAUAGCGUGCUGGUCAAUGUUGGAGAGAGAUAUGAUGUGAUUGUUGAAGCAAACGCAACCCCGGGGGACUAUUGGAUGCGUGGCGGUUGGCUGAGAGCAUGCCAGGGUGUUGCAAAUGAUAACCCAGGCUCCAUUACCGGCAUCGUGCGGUAUAAUCCCAAAAGUACCAAAACCCCCACUACUACCAGUACCGUUCAGCCACCGAAUAUUUGCGCAGAUGAGCCUUCAACAAAGCUAGUGCCCCGUGUUAAGUUUGAUGUCACUAGCAUCACUGGAACCACUGUUGAGGAUAUAAACGUACGGCUCACACAUACGGCACUAUUCCAGUGGACUAUCAAUGGCAGCAGCCUUGCCCUUGAUUGGAACAAGCCGACCUUGAAGUAUAUCUUUAACAACGCAUCUGACUUCCCUACCCCUUACAACGUUGUACCUGUUGAGAGAAAAAAUCCCACUGGCGAUGAAUGGGCGGUAUUAGUCAUUGAAAACACAGCUGCAGCGCUCUUUUCAAAUAUCGCUCAUCCCAUCCAUCUUCAUGGACAUGAUUUCUGGAUUCUUGCUCAAGAGACAGGGAAGCUAUGGGAUGGAAGUAUGAAGUCCUUCCAGAUGAAAGACGCACCGCGACGGGAUACUGCUUUGCUUCCCGCAAGGGGAUACCUUGCCAUUGCAUUCCGGCUGGAUAAUCCUGGCGCAUGGCUCAUCCAUUGCCAUAUCGCAUGGCAUAGCAGCCAGGGCCUGGCAUUGGAAUUCGUUGAGAGUCCAAACUCCAUAUCAGUAGGCACUGCUGCCAAAACCGUAUUCGACAACACCUGUGCCUCAUGGGAAAAAUGGUCUCCCAGUUCGCCAUGGCCACAGGAUGAUUCGGGUAUUUAG